UCUUCGGUCACCAAGUGUCAUUUCAAUUUUUCUUGCCUGGUUUAUCCGAUUUCUGCGAUCAGAAUGAUCAUAUAUUGACAAUGAGUUCACGAAAUAUGAAAAAUGGCUCUAUAGACCGAAAUGAGAGCGAAGAUGAUAUGAGUAACUUAGAGGGAGGCGAUUUGGGACUAGGUUUUGGUCUGAAACCUGGGGGCUUGCCUCGUUCCCCAGCCCCAGAACGACGUUUGAGUAAUCAUGUCUCUAGUCCCGCGUCGGUGACAAACUCAGAACCAGACCUUCAUCGUGAUGUUGAUAGGUUCAUUAUUGAUAGUGACAAGUCGGGAUCAAAACUAGAGCGAUCGUGCAGUCUCCAUUGCAACGAAAGAGACAAACGUGGAUUGCGAUAUGGUAACAACGUAAACGUGACGACAAAACGCUCUACUUUUUCCAGUCGGCGAGCAAAGACAGAGAGUGACACUGAGUCAACGAUUGAUACUAGAUCCAGAGGCACAGAAUCUGACGAUGAGGAUUCUGUCCUGACGGAAAACGGUGAAGAUGAAUUCCCCCAAUUUGCGGAGGUUGCACUUGGUACGUCGAUACGUCAACAGAAACAACUCUUUGAACAUGAUAUCCAUGAAAUGUACAAGUCAUACACCAAAGGUACAACACAGCGUCCCCGGUGUAGUACAAUUAGAGGUAGUAUCCAUUCUCCAAUGACAGCAUGCUGGGGGUGUGAUGAUGAAAUGGACAUCGAUGAGAAGUUGAAAAAGACAGAACUGGAGGUCGAAAUACUUAGAAAUGAGUUAGAAAGGUGCCAAAAGCAGCUGGAAGCCAAAUACAAGGCGAUUCAGGUCCUACAUAAAAAAUCACAAGUUGCCCAGUGUGAGCAUGAUGUGAGUGAGCACAAGAUUAGGGAGAUGACCCAUAUUAUGGAACAGCAAACCUCUCAAGACAAGAGUGACAACAGACUCCUGGAAAUCAUACCAGAAGCUGAUGUUGAAUCGUCUGAGAUUCAGUCAGGGUGCAUGCUGUCUGGUAGAAAUGCACCUCAUAUUGAGGAGAUCAAUAAAUUACAAUUUGAACUUGAAUACAGACAAGGUACUCUCAUGGAAAGCCAGCAGACUUGGGCACAGAGGUUUGACAGCGUUUGCCAGGAAAAUGUCUCCCUCGUGCAGUUACUGGAGGAUCGGACAGAAGAGCUACGGCGGAUGUAUGCUGAAAAAAUGGGUCUUGCCCGAGAAAGAGAUGAAUUGCUUGCCCUCCUCGACGUGAAGGAACGGUUAAAAUAUGAACAGAACAGACAGAGCACACCCAGUGAUGAUGCAUACGGCCGGUUCUCAUCGAAUGAGCUGGCAGUGCUUGGUGCCUGUAAUUGCCGAGGGUCAAAUCCAGACCCAUGCGGUUGUGCAUAUGCAGCCGCUAACCUCAGGAAAGAAAAUAUCAAACUGAGAGAAGAGAUUGAAUUGCAUAAAAAGCGACGGGAGGAGGCAUACAGCACCGUCGAUGCCUACAGGAUGGCAUUUGAAGAGCAGCUGUUUAAAAACAAAGCAAUGACCAUGAAGAUGGCUGAUCUGUCGUUACCGAGCCCGAAUAAAAAGAAGAAAGCUCUUGGAGCAUUGAAAUGGUUGGUGAAGCAGUUGAAUGAUGAUGAGCCCCCUCCGCGACAAAGACAAAAUGCCAAAAACCAUGAUGAUGAGGAUGCAAAAGAGAUGUUGACUAAUUCAAAUGAUACAAGCCCCUCAGAUAAUGAACGAAUCUACAGUGAUAUCUCAGGGUGUCAGAGUGAAAAGGAAAUCAUACAAGUUUUAUUAGAAAAGUUGAGUGACAAAUCAGAAGUACUUGCCCAACAGAAAAUAGCAGCACGGAUGCUCGCAUCACGAACGAAGGAAUUAGAGCAGAAACUGUUACUGCAAGAGGACGGAAAGCCAAUAGAAUGAUAGAGACUAGCAAAGGACAAUAGACAGAGACCAUUGAUUAAUUAAAAUCAUCGAAAAUGUGUUCUUCAAAAAAUAGAAGUGUGAUGACAGAGUGAGAGAUUAGGGAGGUUAAGGGACCUACCAGAACGAGACUGACUAGAACUGAAAGUGGUGCCAGUCGUAUGAGAAUAUCCAAUAUCUGUCCAUGAAAUAUGAAAACCUGCCGAUACAAAGUUUUGUAUUUUCGAGAUGCAAAGUUAUUUUUUCCCAAAUACAUAUAUGCCGCUGAUGUUAUAAAUAGGCGUCUUCUGUACAGUUUCUGCUGCUGUUGUUUUCUAGAUGCAUUUCGGAGAUUUGUUGUUGAUGCAUUUUGGAGAUAUCAUUUGUAAAUAGAAUUUUCAUCAUUCACUGCUAGUCUUUUUUCCUCUGAUGAUAUUUUAUGACCUGUCUGUUGUUUUUGCUUUAGUGACAAAUUUAUGAACACUUUAUGUGCAUGUUAAAUCCUGGUGUCUACAUGUGGAGAUAAACUAAUCCAUAAAAACUUAGGUCUUUUGUAAGUUGUUUUAAGCUGUGGAAAUAAGAAAAUGCGUUAUUGGUAGGUUUUUACAUGGAUUGGGACAUACAUGUAGUUGAAAUUUGGGGAUUUUGUACAAUUUUACUGUUAUUUUCAAUUCUAAAAUGUUAUUUCAUGUUGAGACCACCUUUCUUGUUGGUUGGGCGUGUUCUUCUCAUGGAAUGAUGCCAUAAUUAUUUCUGCUUAACCUGGUACGUUUUGCUGUCUCCUUGAAAAUACCUUUGGUUGCGCAUCCUCUUGUGCUGGCAAAUAAAAUCAUAAUGUCAUGUGCCAUGUCAUGUUUUGCCCUAGUGAGACAAAGGGGAAUGACUUUCCUUCAAGAAUGAUGGUGAUUGUUGUUUGCUAGACUUGUAAGGUGGAAAAUGUACAGUAUUCAUUUGAAACAUGAACAUUUUGUAAAAUUACCAUGUGUAUUUAUGGAUGUAAUAUAUUAUACAACAAGAAUGU